CCAUUGUUUAGCUUCUGGAAUCUUCUGAAUCUCUGUGCAUACAGGCUUUUGAUUUAGCAUGGAAAGUAAUCUCUUCUCUUAGCAACACACAGCUGAUAUUUUGGCCUAAUUUAAAAGCUUUUGUUCAAUUUGUGUUUGAUCCACAAGUUCUAGCUGUUGCUGCAAAGAACAAGAAUCACAUAUAUUCAAAGAUAAAAGAGAUCAUGUUUCAGUUAAUUGAAAUGUCUUCUACAAGGACUGGAGUUUUUAAUGUGCUGUUAAGUUAUUGCUGUCACACUUGGAUAUUUCCUACUCCUGGUGCCACAAGAGCUGCAGAAAAUGCAUUUUCAAAUGCCAGCAGUUACAGUGAGCUUCUCAUAGAGGCAUGUUUGUUUGGAACAGUUUUCAGACGUGAUCAAAGACUCAUUCAGGAGGUAUGUGCUUUUGUAGAAAACCUGGGAGAGGAAUGUGCAGCAAAUGUUGUUACAGAAAGUAUGAACAGAGAUGACCACUAUGUGAGAAUUUGUGCCAUCAAAUUUCUCUGCUUGCUAGAUGAAUCAAAUACGCUACACAAAGAGUUUAUAGAAGUUUUUGUCAUGAAGCUGCUUGAUAAAGUAAGUAUUUAUUUACGGUAUUUUGUGAAUACUGUACAUCUAGGCUUUGCUGAUUGGAUUCUCUUGUUGCUGGGGAGACCACCUCUCUAUAACCCCUGCCAGUCCUUGUGUUCAAAUAUUCAUGAUAGUACCAUCCUCUUCUCAGUUGCAUGCUUGAUAUUUCACACAGAGAGAAUCAUUCUUUUUAUUUUUUGCUUGCUUUCCUGUAAUUGCUGUUUACAAUGCAAAUAACCUAGAAAAUGAUAUUGUUUCAAAAGAUGUUAGAUGUAUGAACAUUUCAGUCCAGUUAUCUAGAUGUUAUUGUAGCUAACCAGAAACAAAAAGUGUUUUAAAUAUAUACUAUACAAGAACAGGUAAACAGUGUUUUGAGUUAGUUUUAGGUAAACCAGUGUCUUACCUUGAAAUCUGAAAGCCAAGGGAAAAUACACCAUCACCUAAUUUUUCCAAAAAUUGUAUGUCUUGAAACAAUGAAACAGUUUAUGUGAACUCUCCUCCUUUUUUUGAAUGAGUUAAAUGUUGGUCUUUAUUAUUUUUUAAAACUUUUUUUCAUGUGUAACAUAAAGAUUUCGGCUUAGGGCAAUUUACUUCAUUUGAAAGUAAAAUCCCUCUGUAUGUAUUGUAGACUUUUCCAACACUCCAUGAUGCAUUUUUCACUUAAAACACGAGUAGGCAAUUCAGGAAGGCAUAGGAGAAGUUUUCACCCGCUAGGGGCUGCAGUGAUGGCCGUGAUGUGACCAGAAGUGAUCAGAUCAUUUGGAUUGCUCUGAUGUCACAUCGCUUCUUCUUCGUGGUCUCUGCGAAUCACACAAAUGGGUUUAUUCUGCGCCUGCGCAGCAAUCUUCGGAAACUUCUAGACUCUCUAGGCAGAAAGCAAUGUAUCUUUCUGUAACUUUUUGGCGGUAACUCCGCCCACCCAUAUAUAAGGCCCUUGGUGGCCCGCUCGUCUUCAGUUCCUUCAUUCCGCCGCGCUAAGCAACUCAAGGAACUUCGUUAGCAAUUGCUUGCUCCUGUGUAUUUGAAUCUCUGGCUUUUGACCUUCGGACUUUCACUUGACCAUUCUAAACGGACUUUCUCUUGGCUUGACGACUUUCUCUGAUUUCGGCUUGACUUCGGACUGGUAACGGACUCCUCUUAC